AUGCCCCCCUUAAAGUUUCAAAGUCAAAGCAGCAAGAGCAAGAAAAAGUCUGCUCCAUCAAAGAAGUCCCCGAAAUCAGCACCACCACCUGCAAGCUUCAAAAGCGCGGAAUAUGUCCAGGAGAGCGACGAAGAGGAGCCAGUGAAUUCCGAGAAGGAGAGCGAGUCUGACAGCGAUGGCGAAUCAUUGCCCUCGAAUCCCGUCGACAUUAUGAUCACACCCAAUGGCAAGUUGCAGCGUCCAGCAGGAAGUAGCAGCUCGAGCGAAAAUGAGAGUGAGAGCGACGAGAAUGGCAGCGAGGCGGACGACGAGGAAGAGGAAGAGCCUAGUGUCGCUGCUAAACAGACUGCUGCGGGUCCUGACAAAAUGGCUUCGAAGCCCCCCCGCGGCAGCGUGGUGACCUUCCAGAAGCCGCCUCUUUACAAACCGCCUGUUGGAUUUGAAAAGGCGUCAUUAGAGGGCACACCGAAAGCAGAACAUAUGUUUAAAAGGUCGAGUCUGGGAGAGAAGCAGAUCUGGUACUUCACUGCACCGGCCUCGCUGCCCGUUUCUGCUAUUGAGCAAAUGUCAUGGAAGGAUGCUACAGAUGGCAAGCCAAUAGUCAAUCAUAACGGUAACGAGUAUGGGUUCAUGCGGGACUCGGCCGAGGACAAAACAUAUACCAAGAUCAUGGUGCCAGAUGGUUCUGAUGAUGGGUAUCGGACGGUUAAGAAACCCAUUGAUCAGAUAUUUCACCUUCAGCAGAUUCUGCAAUUGCCAGGCGCACACGCCUCUAGCAGCAUUACAGCAAGCUCUAGUAAAGCAACAGUCCCAGCUAAGAAACCAAUUAGACAACAGCCACAGGGUCUAAAAAUGCGAUUUCGACCGAUAGGAUUUGGUGGUGGGGAGACGGGAAAGAUAGGUUCAAGUUCAUCAUCAGUGGAUAGUAGUUCAGACGAGGAAGUGGAACAACCGCCUGCCGCAUUCCGUCCACCAGUGCCCAUUGCAUCGGAGAGCUCGGAGGAAGAAGAGUCUCCCGAGGACUCUGAAAGUGAUGGGCAGUCUUCCGAGGACUCCGGAAGUGAUGAGGAGUCUUCCAGUUCAGACGUGGAAAUGACCGAGGCGCCGCCACUUCUAAGAAAGCCAAUUGCGGAAGAGAGAAAUAACAAAAUCUCUGCCACAGUUUCAUCUUCGCAAGAGGUUACCAACGGCUCGUUGAAGAGAAAGCAUGGCGAAAAAGAAGAAAGGAAAUCAAAGCACAGUUCGUCCCGAUCAUUGAGUAUUGAUGAUAGAGAGCUAAAGCGAUUGAAGGAAAAGCAGACCGAAUCUCAGAGAGGCUUGGGAGGCAGAGCAUCAGUGUCAAUUGAGCCUCGGAAGAGCUCAACGCAAGGAUCAUCAGCAAAAUCAGGAAUCACCUCGUCCAAAGCGGAUACUCCAAUUCGUCCGCCAAAAUCUGCCAUUUUACCUCACUCGUCACCAGCUCCUCGAGCACAGCCCAGUCCCGGGAAGGGUGAUCAGCGACCUUCCGAGAAACCAAAAUCGAAGAAGCGUGACCGUUCUGAGUCUGCGACCCCAUUAACCAAGAGUGGAGUUUCUCUGCACGAUCUUACAAAAGCAACAGAUCCAAGCCUCACUGGGGAGGAGCGAAGGAAGAAAAUAAAAUGGUUGAAGAACAAGGAGUGA